UGCAGGGGUGAUGGGACACAAUUAUUGUACCCGUCUCCCAGGGAUUAUAGGAAUUAAUUUGCUCAAAUUCAACCCAGAGAGCCUGGUACUGACAAAAGAAAGCCUGUGGCCCCGAGGGACCGAGCACCCAAAAGCUUUCCUUUGAGGCUUUGCAAAGGAUAGGAGGAGAGGACAGUGGUGCGGGUCUCUGCACAAGGAGGCCAGAGCUCACUGAUUGUUGCAUAGAGACAAAGUGGUUGAGCUGAACUGGAAGACAGAUCUGCACUCAAGACAACCGCAGUGGCUUUCUUCAGUUUCCACCGAAUGGUGCUGGAAGGAAAUCCUGAAGUGGGAUCCCCCCGAGCCGCAGACCUUCAGCACCCGGGGAACAAGGGCUCUUGCAUCCUCUCUUCUUCUGGUGAAGAAGCACUGCCGGGCGAGGACCCCAUCAAGUAUGGCGAACUCAUCGUUCUGGGUUACAAUGGGUGUCUGGCAAGUGGGGACAAGGGCCGCCGCCGAAGCCGCCUGGCACUGAGCCGCCGGCCACAUGCCAACGGAGUGAAGCCCGAUGUCAUGCACCACGUCUCCACGCCGCUCGUCUCCAAGGCCCUGAGUAACCGAGGCCAGCACAGCAUUUCAUACACACUGUCCCGGAGCCACUCAGUCAUAGUGGAGUACACACAUGACAGCGACAAAGACAUGUUCCAGAUUGGCCGCUCUACUGAAAACAUGAUUGACUUUGUGGUAACAGACACAUCUCCUGGCGGAGGGGCUACAGAGGGCCCUUCUGCCCAAAGCACCAUCUCCCGCUAUGCCUGCAGAAUCCUCUGUGACCGCCGACCACCCUAUACUGCCCGCAUCUAUGCUGCUGGCUUUGAUGCCUCUAGCAACAUCUUUCUUGGAGAACGGGCAGCCAAGUGGAGGACUCCUGAUGGUCUGAUGGACGGCCUGACAACCAAUGGGGUUCUGGUGAUGCACCCAGCAGGCGGCUUCUCCGAGGACUCUGCCCCAGGUGUCUGGAGGGAGAUCUCUGUCUGCGGGAAUGUGUACACACUCCGGGAUAGCAGAUCAGCUCAGCAGCGGGGGAAGCUGGUGGAAAACGAAUCCAACGUCCUGCAAGAUGGUUCGCUCAUCGACCUGUGUGGGGCCACACUGUUGUGGCGCACUCCGGCAGGGUUGCUGAGGGCGCCCACCCUGAAACAACUGGAGGCCCAGCGACAGGAGGCCAAUGCAGCACGGCCCCAGUGUCCUGUGGGCCUCAGCACCUUGGCCUUCCCCAGUCCAGCCCGUGGCCGCACAGCACCCGACAAGCAGCAGCCCUGGGUCUACGUCCGUUGUGGUCAUGUCCACGGCUAUCAUGGCUGGGGCUGCCGGAGGGAGCGAGGCCCCCAGGAGCGAGAGUGUCCUCUCUGCCGCCUUGUGGGACCCUAUGUGCCCCUGUGGCUCGGCCAGGAGGCCGGUCUCUGCCUGGAUCCUGGGCCACCCAGCCACGCUUUUGCACCCUGUGGCCAUGUCUGUUCUGAGAAGACUGCCCGCUAUUGGGCCCAGACACCACUGCCGCAUGGCACCCACGCUUUCCACGCCGCCUGCCCCUUUUGUGGAGCCUGGCUCACCGGGGAGCUUGGCUGCGUCCGCCUAAUUUUCCAGGGGCCACUGGACUAGGCUCUCCAGGGUCCUUGCCGCCAUGCUCGCCUGCCUACCCAGGUCCCCCAUCUCCUGCUGUUCGGAGGGAGCUCUGCAUGUGGGACUCUGCCUGCUGGCAAUAACCACACCAGUUGGAUGCAUUGGAUGGGCUGUGGCCCUCUCCUCAACUCUUGCCUCUAAGAGGGUCCCUGAGAUCUCUAUCCCAGUCAUACUGAUAGGGACUUUAGCACCAGCUCUGCCCCAGGCUGAUGGAGGGCACCCCAUGCCCCUGUCCUCCCUGGGGUACCCUACAUCAUGCUGCAUACACUGUGCCCCUGGGGGAAUGAAGGGGCCAUGGCCCCUGACUUCCAGCUUAGACUGGUUGUGCCCUGAACCUGCCAAUCCAGUAACAGCUAUUCCUCCGUCCUGCUGCUGCCGUGGGUUACUCUAUAAACCUUGCUGCUCAGCUGCCCCUAAAGAUCCGCGUGUCCCGAAUGCAUGCAAUGCCUCCAGCCCCGGUGAGUAAGUAACAAGUGGGCGGCGGCGGGCAGGCUGAGGUCAGCAUCUGCUCACUUCCAGUACAAGCAGGAUGGUGACAAGUGGGGGACACAUGGACAGUCAGGAUCACAACCUAGUGGGGUAAGGGUGGACAGCUCUUCAUGUUUGUUUGGAUCAGGGAAUUCUAGGGCUAAAGAGCAGGCAGCCCUUGCUGGGUUUGGGAAAGUCAGAGGCUUCAUGGAGGGGGUAAAACGAGUUCAGCCUCCGUGGUGACUUGGAAUCUUCCAGGCCCACAAGGUAAGAGCUCUAUACGCUCUUGGCAAAGGUUCAGGGUAAAGAAGCAGAGGUGGAGAGACAGAUUAAGGGGAGCAUGGGGUGUGGCUAUGCCUGGUGGUGAUUCAGAUCCUCAUUUAUGGACAGUCAGGAGUCAAAGCUGGGAAGAGCUCACUGCUCCACAGCACCGCCUCUGAAACAAGGGCUACCAUUGCUGAAUAUUCACUGUGUGCCCCACCC